UCGGCCCUGGCUCCUUGCUCCGCAUAAGCAGUCAACAGCUCUUACAGGAUUUGCAUACCUUGGCUCCGCUAACCUCUUGAUUGGUGAAAGGCGGAUCUGCUUACCAGGGGGACGACGAUAAUGCAAACCAUCGCAUGUAACCCCAUGUGAGGGGAAGCUGGACUCUCUCGAUGCAUUCAGGAGCUUCCAUCGCCUAAGGGCCCGGCUCUUACUCCUGUCAUAUAUUCGAUCCGUGGUAAAGCUUCGAGAACACACAGCCAUGGAGGCCUUCGCCCCACACAAGCCCGUAUUUUCCUCCCGCUACCAGAGCUUUUCAACGCAUCGUAUUGUUCUAGGAACGGGUUUGUAACCUUUCGGCCCUUCCCCACCUCGGUUUUGAUUGGCACCGCAUGGGGUUCUUGAUUAUUUGCUGAGCUGUCUCUCCGUCGGCCUGAACAGUAUGGAGGGUGCCCAUUGUUUAAAAAGGUUUCACUCCCCCUUUAGGAGAGAAACCUUCUUCGCUUGUGAUCCGGUUGCCGUGGUCCUCCUGGAGCAGCCUUCGUAGAGAAGUUAAUCCUUCUCCCUACUCAUCAUUCAUCAUGGUCGCCCUCAAUUUUCGUGCCAUUGGCGCUUUGCUCAGCUUGCCCUUUUUGGUCAAUGGCGCCCCGACCUCCCAUCUUUCGCAAUCCUUUCAGGUUGUCGAGCAUCUCGAUCGAAUUCCUGAGACAUGGCAGCGAGGCGAGCCUCCGUCCCCCAACGCUCUCCUCCGAUUGCACCUAGCGAUGCAGAAUGACGUAUUAGACCAGUUUGAGCAACGCGUUCUCGAUAUUUCCACGCCUGGAAACGAACAUUAUGGCGAGCAUAUGACCCGUGAUGAGGUGCAGGCAUUCUUGCAGCCACCGUCCUACACCUCUGAUGCAGUGCUUGCGUGGUUGCUCGAAGGGGGUGUUUCUGAGAAGUCCAUCCAAUUGGACAGUGACUGGCUUCACUUUACUAUUCCCGUUAAGAAGGCCGAGGAACUAUUCAACACCCAAUUCUACUACUACCACAACAAGGUCAACAAGGCCCGGGUCUUGCGGACGUUGGAAUACUCUGUUCCAAAAAUUAUCGCUCCAUAUGUCCACAUGAUCCAGCCGACGACAAAAUUCAGCGAACCUCGACCUCAGUUCAACAGUGUUUUUGAACAACAUGGCCUCCCUAGAGUGCGAAAUGCACGCGUGGAUUGCAAUAGAACGAUUACUCCAGACUGUCUCCGAGACUUAUACAAGCUCGGAGACUUCCGUGCCAAAGUUGACUCACGAAACAAACUUGGUAUCUCGGGAUAUCUUGAACAGUUUGCCAGAUACGACGACUUUGCCCGCUUCUUGGAGCUUUACGCUCCACAAUUGAAGGGCACAACUUUCGAUGUGGUGUCCAUCAAUGGGGGUCGUAACGACCAGAAUUCUUCUUUGAACAGCAUAGAGGCCAGCUUGGACGUUGACUACGCCAUUGGUCUCUCUGGCGCUAAAUCGGUGUAUUACACCACUGCUGGGCGUGGACCACUCAUCCCUGACUUGGAUCAGCCACACGCCAACGAGAGUUCGAACGAGCCUUACUUGGACCAGCUUCAUUAUUUGUUGUCGCUGCCUGACGACCAACUCCCAUCGGUGCUUUCCACAUCCUACGGAGAAAACGAGCAAAGCGUGCCGAAGAAAUACACUGAUAUGACAUGUAACCUCUUUGCCCGUCUCGGAGCCCGAGGUGUGUCAGUAAUAUUCAGCAGUGGUGAUACCGGUGUGGGCUCCGCUUGCCAGACAAAUGACGGAAAGAACACAACUCGAUUCCUACCCGUGUUCCCUGCCGCUUGUCCGUUCGUGACUUCGGUCGGUGCCACACACAACAUCAACCCAGAGAGGGCGAUCUUCUUCUCGUCUGGAGGAUUCUCCGACAGGUAUCGACGCCCGUGGUACCAAGAACAUGCAGUGGGACAUUAUCUCCGCCGACUUGGCAGUCGCUGGGAGGGCCUAUAUAACCCAGCCGGCCGUGGAUUCCCAGACGUGGCGGCUCAGGGACUCAACUUCUCGGUGGUGGACCAUGACAGAGUCAUCGGGGUAUCUGGAACAAGUGCCUCUGCGCCGGUCUUCGCCGCCAUUGUCGCCAACCUCAACUCAAUUCGGCAGGCGAAGGGCAAACCUGUGCUUGGCUUCCUCAACCCCUUCCUCUACACAGUCGGGCGCUUUGGCUUCACGGAUAUCGUGCAUGGAGGCUCCACUGGAUGCACAGGCAAGGACAUGUACAGUGGCCUGCCAACGCCGUUCGUGCCUUUUGCUAGCUGGAAUGCCACAAAGGGCUGGGAUCCAGUCACUGGGCUGGGAACACCUAACUUUGAGGUGCUCAAGAAGCUGGUUACCAUCUUCUAAAGAUGGAAUUCCUUUCGAUCCUGCAUUGAAGCAAUUAAUUGGGUGGUAGGAGCUGUUGCUAUGUAUACAUCAGCCCUGAUAUCACCAUUCAUAAUGCUCCUGUCAAAUUCAGUGGUUUUGCACACGUAUAUACUCCGUACAUAGUUUGGUAGAUCAACAAAUAUAACGAAUAUUAUCACGAGAA